UUUAUCUUCCCGCAACCGCCCGCAACCGUAAACGAUUGCUGGAACAAGCUUUUGAAUUUAUGAGGUUCAGAGCGAUUUGGAGCGGUUUGGAGCGGUUUGAGCGAUUGUUGUAAAACGCCAACAACCGCUACCAACCGCAAAAGCUGCGUUUGCGGGUGGUAGCGGAAAAACCAAUCAUACCCUUAAUGAAUCGCUUUUGUUUACUCUAGUCUCUAUAUAUACGUAAGCUCGUCUUCCUCACAAAACAAUACACACACAACAACAACAACGACAAAGAACAAUUUUAAAAACUUAUUCAGUCUUUUUCUCUUUUUAAUUUUUGAUAAGAAAACUUAUAAGAUUUUUUAGCAAAAAAAAGAUAUGGGAAAUAGUUUACGGUGCUGUUUAGCUUGUGUACUUCCAUGUGGAGCCUUAGAUUUGAUCCGAAUCGUACAUCUCAACGGCCACGUCGAUGAGAUCACUCGUCCAAUGACAGCCGGUGAGAUUCUUCAGGCGAACCCUAACCAUGUCUUAAGCAAACCAUGUUCUCAAGGAGUUGUACGUAAGAUCUUGAUCUUGUCUCCUGAAUCUGAGCUUAAGCGUGGGAGCAUCUAUUUUCUUAUACCGGAUACUUCCUUGCCGGAGAAGAAGAAAGCAAAGAAGAAAAAGGAUGUCCAACGUCGGAGAAAGACUCUUGGAAACGCCAACGACAUCAAUAGUAAUCACAUGGUAAGUACUAGUAAUAAGGAUCUUGAUUUGACGUUGUGUGAGAAAUAUUUGGAAGAUGUUAUGUUGUCGUCAUCCGAGAAGAAAUGUUCGGCCGGUAAAGAGAACCGUCACCGUCGAAGACAUAGUCGGUCGGCGUCGGUGUCUAUGUGGCAGCCUCACCUUGAUAGCAUCUCUGAGGAUUUUAACUAGUGUUUUAAUGUUUUCAUUCUUCGUUAAUUCUGUCUCUAUUUUCUUAAUUUCUUAUUUCUUUUCAGAUCCGAAAAUAGAUUCUUAUUAACAUUCCCGGAGGGAAUAUUUUCAUUUUUUUUAAAUUUAUUUUGGUAUAUCAUUAAAAACAAAAAGCUUUUGUAAUGUACUAAUGUGGACAAGAUCUAUGUUAAAUCGGUAAUCUAAUUUUUAGUCGUCCGUGGCAAUGAGGACAAGAUCAUAUGAUCUUUAACUAUAUGCAUAUGUAAUUGGAUCAUAGGACAGAAUCGAAUUGUAAUACAAUUAAGGAUAGAAUUCCCAAAUACAAAACAAAACUUUUUUUUAAAGUCGAACCAAAUAAUACGAAAGGUAAAAUCGUUUGUGGGUGGGUAAAAAACAAUCAUUCGUGUGUGGAUGAGUAACUAAAUAGUUAAAUGUCAAGUAAUAAUGAAACUGAAUAGUUAAACUGAAACUGAAUCAUAGUAUUGGACCAACUAGUUAAAUUAUAAACGAGACUUUCUUUAAACUGUGGUCUUAACUCAUUAUAAUAUGAAAAUACAGAAGAACUGCAUGUUCAACUGUAAUGCAACGUAUUUAGACCAGUUUGUUUGGUUUUAAAGUUUCGGUGGUUAAAUAUAAAUAUUGUUUUGAUUACUUAUUGAUAAUAAUACGAACUCAAGACGGGAACCAAUCAUGCAGGUUAUCACAUGUAGAUGUAGUCAUGUAGGUGGACCAAUCCUAAAGCAUUAAUUUGAAGCUGAUAAACAAACCAUAUGGUUCAAAUAAUAUAAAAUUUUCAAUCAUAUAACGUCCAAGAAAGUUAAUACUAUUUACUAUAUAUGGACAAAUUAAUAAUGGCCUCAAUAAUUAUGCAUGAAGGAACCGAUAACAAUGGAUUAAAAAAAAAAAGAAUACUACUUCUCGUGUACCUUUUCCGUUAAUUUUCUUUCCCACCAAAAGAAAUUGGCAAAUUUUUUUACUGAAAAUGUAAAUGGUUUUGAAAAAAAUGUGACUUUCUCCUGAGUAUUGAUUUAAACCGAAAACAGGCAAAUCUUUACCUAAUAUCUGAUACCAUUUUUUAAAUUUACCUUUAAAUGAUAUUGUUUUCAUAAAUACAUUAAAUUUAUUAUGAAGAAAACAAAUCCUAACUCUCUUAAAUCAUUUAUAAAUGUUAAGAAUAUAUUUAGAAAUGUAAAAACCUAACUCUACCCUCUAAAUACUAAAACUUAAACAAUAAUCAUUAAAUCCCAAAUCCAAUGUUAAAAUAUUUUUGAUUAAGUGUAUUUUUAAAAAAUGGUAUCUAACUUAGUGUAUUUCAAGCAAUUUUUCUUGUAUAUUUGUAUUAAAUGUUAUAGUUUGGUUUCAGUAUAUAAGAUGAUUAUUAAUGAGAUUCUUCGGUUUUAUUAUUAAGAAAAUACAUGAUAAUUUAACUAAAAAUCAUAUUUUUUAAGGGAUGGUCCAAGUAAAAAAAUGCACAUAAAAUAAAUCAUGAUUUUUGUUUUAAUAGAUAAGAUCAAUUUUCUAAGAAUAUAUUACAAUUAAAAAAUAAUAAUUAUAUAUAUAACUGACAUACAUUACUGACUAUCAUCCAUUACAGGUUACUCUAACUAAAAUUUAGAGAUUUAUUUUUUCCAAUCAAAGAAUUAUUAUUAUUAUUAUUAUUAUUGCGAAUAAGAUCCCGAUUCAGAAAGCUAAACCGGUGAUACAUAAUCAACAUAGAAUACAGCAGAAAUAGAACUCUGAACAUUAUAUACAACUUUGUCUACUAUUAUGUUUUGUGCCUUUAGUAUAUGUUCCCAAUCAAAUCAGAUUGGACAUAAUCAACUCUUUUUUUAUUUCCCAAUCAAUGUUUGGAUGAUUAAAGGUCAUACGCCUUCUGAUGGUGUUAAACAUAUUCGAACCAAAACAAACUAAUUAUUAUGGAUAUUGAUCUUUAUGAUCAUUGUGAUGGCCUUUCAAAGGUCGUCAAGUUAAUGGAGUUGUUCCAUAAUGUUUUGAUCAGUUUAAUGAAAAUAUCACAAUUGAAAUGCCGACUACUUCUACAAGUGAUUAAAAGUGCAUGUGAUAUCUUUUAAAUGUUUCAGGAUGUUACUAAAUGUAUAAGAAAAAUAUGUGUCAAAUGAAUUAUACUUUUAAAGUUUUUUUUUUAAACUGUUAUUUUAAAGUUUUAACAGAAUAACUAAUGGAAUCGAGUAUUUAUGUUUUCCUAGAAUCAAUGGUUCAUCUGAAGAUGAUUUUUAUGUGGGAAAUGAAAAAAUAAUAAUUCAAAAAUAAUAAACACUAUAUGUAAAACCAAAACCAACCCAAACCAAGAAAGACAAAAGCAUUAAGAGAGAGAGAGAAAGAGAGAGAAAGUAGAUCUAUUUGGAUCCGGCGAUCGGUCGGCGCGUGAGCGUGCGUGCCGUCGCCGGAACCCAUUUUUUUCGUGCAAAACGUUCUUACUUGCUUCUCCUUCGUCUCCUCUCACCUUUCGCCUUGUCUGAACUCUAUUUCAGUUCCUAUUCUUCGUUGUUGUUCGGUUCUGGAGUAAAGAUGCGGUCGCGGGGAGGGCUUCGGCGAGGAAAGUCAGUUUGUCAGAUCAAGGUUCGAAUCCGGGAGGUGGAGGCUCCUACAGCUCCAUCGCCGCCGGCCUUUCUCCGGGAGAUGGAGGCUUACUCAGCUCGGUCGCUGCCGGUUGUGUCGCUGGGAAGGGGAGGCUUACACAGCUCUGCCAUCGCCGGAUUUUGGUUCCGAAGGGUGGAGGCUCUCAAAGAUCUGCUCUGUCGGCUUGGUACUCGUACUAGUCUUGGGUCCUUAGUUCCUGUAGUUUCUUUUAGGUAGUUUGGAUGUUGUCUAUUGUCUUCGGUUUGGUUGUUUGGGUCGGAUUGGUUGAGAUCUCGCGAGAUGAUGAAGCUCUUCAAUGGCGAUGACGAUUAAUAGAGAAGAAAGCAAAGUCUGUAGGCUCGGGAUUCAAUCCCGAGUGGGUGAAUGGGUGAUCCGGAUGAGCUCUCGGUGUGUCCGAUUGAUGCUCUCUGUAGAAGGAUCUUAGUUGGUGAAGGUUUGUGCUGCGCUGAGCUCCAAUGUGGCGCCGUGUUGAUUCAGCGCGUCCGUCGGAUGGCGUUUCGGGCUUUGGGCUUUGGUCGGUCUUGAUGGUGAUGGUAUGGGCCUUAGGCCAGUAUUGUAUUUGUUUCGGUUUUUUCGGUAUGGGCCUUCGAACCUUUGUGAGGCUAACGGGCUUUGGCCCUUUUAAUAUAAUUCAAUUUGGGAAAAAAAAAAAAACCAACCCAAUCAUUUACUUUACACUUUUACGCAUGCACUUUGCACUUUCUAGUGUUUGCGUUUGCAUGGAGGUCAUAUAUGGUAGGUAUAUUUCCCAAAUGAACUAAUCGUCAAAGGCAAACAAACUCCUAUAGUUUACUUUUGGAUGGCACAUAAGUCAAUCAUGAAUUAUUGGACCCUGCCCUACGCCUCAAUGUGAUGAGUUCGUCUCUUCUCUGCCUAAAUCUAUGAUUUUUUUCUUAUCCAUAUGAACAAGAAAGUGAGUAGAGAGAGUACGCUUAGGGUUAAACUAUUAAGUUAUAUUUUCAUUUUGAGGAGAAAAUGUAAUGGAGAAUGCAUUAAGAAUGAGAGUGCAAUGUGAAUGUUAUAAAGAUGGAGAAGAAGACAGAGGACUCUGUUAUUACUUGGGGUGAUAAAGGAUGACUAAAAGGUUGGUUCCAAGACUUCGGUGAAGUCAGUGGCGGAGCCAGAAAUAUUUUGUACUGGAUCAGAAAAAAAUCAAAAGCAUAAUGUAUAAACGACCAAAAAACUACAAAUGUAUUACUCCAAAAAAAACUACAAAUGUACUGGACACUCAUAGCUUAAAACUUUUUUUUAAGUUUGUUUAUUUUUAAUGUUUUUAUAUUAAACUAACAUUAACAAUGUUUAAAAUUACAAAAUAUAUUUAGUGGUUUACUAAUUUUUUGUAAUUAUAGAAAAUAAGAUUAAAACUAAUAUAAAUCCAAAGGUUUAAAAAUAAAAAUAUAUUAGUUGUAAUUAAAUUUUGUCUUUAAUGUUUUGUAAUUAUUUUCGUGGGGUCAAAUUUAUUUUUUUAAUGGGAUCAAUACAAAAAUGAUACAAAUUUUAUUUUAAAAUUUAUUUUUUACAAAAAAUAAAUGGGGUCAGCUGACCCCCCACCCACUAAGCUGCCUCGGCCCCUGGGUGAGGUCAACUAAAGAAGACACAGAGAAAUAGUGAGGUAUAUGAGCGAAGAGAAGAAAGAUGAGCCUAUAUAUUUUUUAUUGUUUCUAUUUAUUGUUUGUUUCUAUUUAUUUAUUGUUUCUAUUAUUUUUUUUGUAAAUGGUUAUUGAUUACACUACUUGUAAACUUUAACUAGUCUUUGAUCCGGAUGUCCGUGCGGAUAACUUAUAAUUGUAUAAAUAUAUUAAUUUUUAUAUUAUCGUAAAUAUUUUAAAAAUAUAAUUUACAUUUUAGUGCUAUAAAACUCUGUAAUCUUUAAAAUAUUUUAUUUUAUUAACUUUAUGGAAUUUAGUAGCUCAGAUAUUUGGAAUAUAUUGGAUUUAAAUAAAGAAAAUGUGUGCAUUUUUAUCAGUAUCUUACGAUCAAAAUUAGGAGUACCUUUAAUUACAACAUAAAAAUAAUAACUAAAAUAUAAAUUUAUCUAAAAUCGAUU